UCACGCUCUACGGCGGAGAGGCGAUGGAUUCAGCAGGCGCCUCGAAGCCCGAUGAGGAGGUGGCUGCCUACCAGAGCAGCGAGGCCAAGCAGGCGAGGCUGCAGUCCAUGGUCGCGGCGCUCCUCGACGACCCCAUUCUAGCCGACCUCCUGAGGAAGCCCCCGCUGGCGGACGUGGACACGCUCAUCAACCUCGAGCUCGGCACCACCAUGAGGGUGACCGUCGUCAAUCUGGACAACACCUCGUUUGGUAUAAUAUGGCCCUCUUCGAACCCCGCGCACAUUUUUGUCCAAAUCACUUACCGUGAGUUUAUCCCACAUCUCAAUUCGUGUUCCUCUUGUCGUUGGGGUGACUGAUACAGAUGUCGCGGUGUUGAACACUGCUACGCUCAAGGAUUUGAAGCUGGCUAUCAGGAAAUGAUAGUCAGAUUUAUUUGUCUGAAACUGUGGAAGGAUGAAUUCUGACAUCCAUGUCAUCUAAUUCAUUCAUGCUGACAUGUGUUGAUCUAAUUAGUUAACAUCCUUCGAAAUGCUGCCGAUUUGUCUUUGCUAUUUAAUAUAUCCUAUGAUGGGCACUAAGGCACUAUUGAUCCACCAAAAUUUUCUUAGUUUAGAUGGGUGUGAUUAUCUAAAUAAGCUGAGGGUCACGAGAUGUAUGGUAUUAACCUGAAUUCUUAGUAGGCUCGAGAUGUUGAGAAUCCUAGCUGAAGUCGUGUUUUAGUUUGACUUUGCACUGUUUAUUGAAUAGUUGAAUCUGUGUACAUAAGGUUAUUCAAGCCUGCUUGAAUUAGAUUCCAAGAUGGAGCUUAUUCUAAUUUGUAGUUUGAUUUUGCACUGAACUUGACCUGUCUGGUAUUGACUAGCUGAAUGUGUGUACACAAGGUUAGUCAAACCCAUUCGAAAGAAGGUCCCUAUCUUAACUAAUCUAUUUCAGUUAAGCUAAGGAGAAUAUAAUGUUCAAAGAUUGUCCUCUUAAAGAAGUAUGAGCUCAACAUAGAAAGAAUUUUCUCUCUAAGAUGUUACACUGGUAUCUAUAUUCUAAACUAGGAUCCCAUUUCUGUGACUCCAUGAAGCUUCGGUCGUGUGGUUAUAAGCUUAUCUAGGACACUACAUUGUUUGCCUAUCUGAUAUAACGAGAGCACUCACUGCAAAGAGUUCUUGGCAUCAGUAUUUGUUAACGCUGAAUUGUCAGAAAGUAUUGUACCUAUUCAUCCAAGAAAGGCUACUGUGUAGUAUGAGGAUUGUAGUGUUGUUAAAAUAAAUUGUAGAUUUGGGAAGGCUCAACUAAUUUAUUGCUGUGCAGACAGAACAUUACUAGAUGCUGGGAAAAAUAAACUGUAGAAAAUUACGAGCCGACAUACGUGUUCUGUAAUUAAAAAGCUUCAGCUGCAUAAGUGUAAAACUAGUUAGAGAUCCUACCUUAUUGAAUGUUAGCUAUGCUUAAUAAUAUGGCCUUCUAAGUUCUAUCACAAUGUUACCUCUUCAGCUGUAUAAUAGCCGUCAAGCUUGUAUUGUAUUCCCCAAAAGUGCCAACUUGUAAACCCUACCUGAUGGACGUCAUAUACUGCUGGUCAAAGGUUGAGACAUCGAUUCUUAUCAUGCAUAAUCUCGACAUCUGAUGCAAUCAUACUCUGCAUCUAUAUUGUUGCUGCAGCUUUUGUAGUUAUAUUCUAUGUAGAGUCCUGAAACAUUUUCCUCAUAGGGCGCCACCUUCGGAGAGGUGACAGAAAUGACUGACAUUUUUGAAGGAAGCAUCAUACGGCUAGUUAGGAGGCUGGAUGAAUUUCCGAAUCAGGUAAACCACCUGUUGGUUCCGGGCACUAGUACUAAAAUCACUUGGAUAGAGAGUGUAUGUCUUUGAUUAUCCCAUUUGACUUAAAGUGCAUGUGAAUAAAUAAAAAUUGCCUUCAAUUGAUCCAUUAGAUCAAUGUGCAUGUGAAUACAAGUGUGACAUGUCCUUCUAGCAAAAUGUCCAUAAACUGUCAACAUUUACUCUCAACUGUGACAUGACUGAAUAUGAUGAACAAGUUGGGCUGUAGCUAGAUAUGUAAGAAAUGUUAUCUAUUUCUGUUUAUCUCCAUCUAUAGAAGUUGUGAUUGGCAUCGACUUUCUUAUUUGCCCUUUUCUGCAUG